AUGGCACCGCCGCAUCCUACCGGCAAGCGAAAGGCUGGUGAAGCACCGAUAUCACCGCCACCUCUCAAACGGUCUCUACAGAGCACAACUACCAAGUCUGCCGUAGCUAACUUUUUCACGCCGACUUCGCAAAAACCCAAAGAUCGUACCACCUGGUCCGAUCGUGGACCAAACGACGAUGUCCCUGCCACGUUGCUAGUCGGCCGAUAUGUGCCCGAAGCACAUGACGGAAAGCAAACACCAAGAAGGAAGAUUGCUGCAUUCGAUUUGGAUUCUACCUUGAUUACUACCAGCUCUGGGAAGAAACACGGGAGCAAUGCAACUGACUGGAAAUGGUGGCACCCCCGUGUCCCGGGCAUGCUCCAAGACUUGUAUAGGAAGAAAGACUAUCAGGUCGUCAUCUUAUCCAACCAGGCUGGACUAGCCUUGCAUUUCGAGCCAUCAUAUAAAGGCCCCAGAGCAAAUGCGCAGAAGCGAGUCAACGAGUUCAAGCAAAAAUGCAGCGCCAUUCUAAACAGCCUUGAUAUCCCAACAACCGUUUAUGCGGCAACAGAAAGAGACAUUUACAGGAAGCCAAGAACGGGCAUGUGGAAGGAGGUUUGUGAAGACUACGACAUUCCAGAAAGUGAGGUCGAUUUAGAACAAAGUUUUUUUGUGGGAGAUGCGGGAGGCCGUAUUGCUGGGCUUGGUCAUUCUGGUCAAGGUGUAGCAGCCGUGGCUAAAGACUUUAGCUGCUCAGACAGAAAUUUUGCUUGCAACGUGGGAAUCACGUACAAAACCCCAGAGGAAUAUUUUCUGGGAGAGAAGCCAAGAGAAUUUUCUCGGGAUUUCGAUGUGACGACUUUCCCCUUCGAUGAGACAAGUUUGUCGUCGGACAAAGCGGAAAUUGCAUUCGAAAAGAAGAAUGCUCAAGAGGUCGUCAUAUUCUGCGGCCCGCCAGGGGCAGGCAAGAGCACAUUUUUUUGGAAUUAUCUCAAGCCACUUGGAUACGAGAGAGUCAAUCAGGACAUCUUAAAGAGCCGGGAUAAGUGCAUCCAGGUUGCACGAGAGCAGCUAGCACAAGGAAUCUCUGUAGCUGUUGACAAUACCAAUGCUGACAUCGAGACACGGGCGUUGUGGGUUGAAGUUGCCAAGACGGCCAAAGUACCUAUUCGAUGUGUUUGGUUCAAGACACCAAUUCACUUAUGCGAGCAUAAUGAUGCUGUUCGAGCUCACAACAAGUCGUUAAACCCGGAGGCCAGGCAAGUCUUACCGAAACUAGCCUUUACAGGUUUCGCAUCGAGAUACAAGCAGCCUCAACUCAAAGAAGGAUUCCAAGAUAUUGUAGAAAUAGAUUUCAAGUUCCGUGGAACGAAGGAAGAGCAUGCGAUGUGGGCGCAAUACUGGACAUAG